AUGAUCGUGACCACAAUCUACUCCUACUCGUGGGAGGGCCUGGGUCGACUUCAAUCAGUCUCUAAAGACGAGAAGAAAGAGAAGAAAGAGAAGAAAGAGAAGAAAGAGAAGAAAGAGAAGAAAGAGAAGAAAGAGAAGAAAGAGAAGAAAGAGAAGAAAGAGGGAAAGAAAGAGGAAAAGAAAGAAAGAAAGAAAGAAAGAUGA